ACGACAUGCUGGCUUCUGGAAUCCUAGGGUGCUUCCACGGUAUCACCAAUACCUCACAGCUCCUUAACCCAGAUUAACCGAAACAAUGCCCUUUUUACACAUCUUCCACUUUUCGAGUGACAAUCCCCUGGCGAUUUCAUUCACUCUUCUCGCUUUGGUCGCCGUAGUUUAUACCGUAUACCAACGUCUACUCCCAUAUCCGUUGCCCGGCAUUCCUCACGACGCCAAAGCAGCUAGGCGCUUGCUGGGUGAUGCGCCCGACAUGUUGCGUGAGGUCGGCCAGACGCGCGAGCUCAACAAAUGGCUGUCGAAGCAAGUGGACAAGUUCCAAGCGCCCCUGUGCCAAGUCUUUGUCGAGCCGUUCUCCAAGCCCUGGCUGCUUCUGGCCGACCCAGUUGAGGCGCAGGACAUCAUGAUGCGUCGCCCCGAGUUUGACCGAUCCAGUUUUAUCACGGAUGGUCUAGCGCCACUGGACGGCUUCCACGCACGCAUGAAGACAGGAAGUGACUGGAAGACUACGCGCGCCUGGCUGCAGGAUCUUAUGGGACCAAGUUUCCUCAACAACGUCGUCGGCCCACGCAUGUACCUCAACUCGCUUCGACUCAUCGACUUGUGGAAACUCAAGGUUCACGUGGCUAGCGGCCGGCCAUUUGAUGUUAACGAGGACCUGGAUCACAGUGCUCUUGACGGUAUGCUCUCGUUCGUAUUUGACCAGCAUUUUGAGCAUACAGCCCUGGGACCACAGACGGAAGCAGUGUCACGCUUGGAUCCCUCGACCUUAGAGAUGGGACUAAAUGGCGAGGUGUACUUUCCAAGCGAGCCCCUGGACGACUUCAUCUCAGCACUAUACGAGACGGUUGACGCCAUUGACAAGGUAACGAAAUCGGUGUCUCCGCAGCUGGCCAUGUGGUGGAUUCGCCAAACGCCAAGAUAUCGCAAAGUGACAGCUACUAAGAGGAAAGUUAUCCGGGAGCAGAUUCGCGGUGCCCUCCAGAGGUUAGAUACACCAAGCGAGUCUAGAACAGCUAUUGAGCACAUGAUGCUACGGGAGAGAAAGGCUGCUGAAAAGCAAGGUCGGAAACCGAACUAUGAGAAUCCUACAUUAAUAGAUGAGAUUGCUGGUCAGUUUAUUGCUGGUUUACACACGACAAGCACUACACUCGCUUGGACUUUUAUCUACUUGACGCGAUUGCCUAAAAUCCAAACAAAACUUCGCAGCGCACUGCACGAUGCCUAUGCCGAGGCGCGUGCAGAAGACCGUAUACCCUCGCUCGCUGAAGUCACCAAGACUCGGGUCCCGUACCUUGAGGCUGUUCUAGAGGAAGCCCUGCGGCUCCAUGCGACCAGUUUGGCGCGCCAGACAAAUUGUGACACUGUGGUACUCGGCCAUCACAUCCCAAAGGGCACCAAUGUGAUUCUGAUUGCAAACGGGCCUGGAUUUCAUAUCCCGUCACUGGUUGUUGAUAGCGCGAAGCGCAGCCCAACAGCCAAAUCUGCUACCGGUUGGGAUGAGACUCGGGAUUUGCGUUUAUUUGAUCCAGAACGAUGGCUUGUCAAGGGUGCGAAUACGGGUGAGGGAGUCGUCUUUGAUGCAAAUGCGGCACCGCAGAUUGCUUUUGGAAUGGGCCCGCGCAGCUGUUGGGGCCGCAGGUUGGCGUAUCUCGAGCUGCGCAUGGUGGUAACGCUGGUAUUUUGGAAUUUUGACCUGCUGGAUGUUACGCCUGUCUUGGCUGAUCCUAAGGCCAGCUACGGCAUUGUGCAUAGAGCCGAUCAGUGUUAUCUGAGGUUAAAGAUUAGAGAGUAGAGUUAUUGGAUUCAAACUAUGUUUUCGUUGGAUUAUAUGAAUAUUCGGGCUUAGAUCUACGACGUUAUACUCACUCUGUAGUCAACUUGUACGAGACACUUGCAUGAUGGUACCUCAUAGAAAUACUUAGUAUUAUUAGGCC